GCAGUGGAUAAUGUGUCUGUACAAGCUCCCCCACACGUUUCUGGAGACGAGGACAGACGAGGACACGCAAUAGAAUGAUGCCUCUAAAGAAUCUGCAGUGGACAAGUUCUGAUCUGCCUCGGAAUCUCCACCUCAGUCACCUUGAGGCGUGUGCCUCGAGUUAUUAAGUUCCCCCCGAGGCUGACACUUAAACACACCUAAAAUAUUGCUAUAUACCUUUUAUAUAUGCACCCAUUUAUGAGUUUACAACUAUACAGUGCACAUGUUUGCGUUUUGGAGCUCUUGGAUAUAUCCUAAUAAUGUUUUGCAGUAAAACACCUUGGAAAUUAUUAACCAAUAAGCUGAUUAGCAGAAGUUAUAUAGCAUAAUUCAGGGUUGCCAACUGUGGUCAGCAUGCCGGGGUGAGAUUUUCAGUUCGAGGGAUGUCUGAAGUUAGUGUUGGGGCAGAAUCUGGGGUCUGCCAAACAGAAGACCCUCAAGGCGGGGAUGGCGGCGAUGGCCGCUAUGUUGAGGAUGGUGGUAAUGUUCAGAGGUGCUGUGACGGUGUUCAGAAGGAUGCCGGUGACGUUCGAGUCGACGAUUGCGAUUCUCGGAGCGCUAACGAAGACCCUGACUCUGACGCUCAGGAGAGACGUGUCAUGGCUGAAGAGCCUCCCAGAAGCACAGCGGCUGAGAUCCCAGUGACCAGCAAUGGAGACGCUGAGGACGGACAUGAUGACGUCUUCCAGAGGGACCCGUCCCACGGGAUGCCCAGAACCUUGAACAUGCCCGAAACGCGGCUCGCACCCAUCAGCUACAGCCCCUCCGUAGAGGAGGGCAUCAUCGAGGCAGGCCCGUACAAAGGGUCGGUGAGCCAACCGUCCAGCCCGGUGGUGUACCCCAGCACGGCCGCGGCCAGCAGGCUGGCUCGCUGUUCCAGCGACAGCCAGGCCGAGCCAGGCGUGCUGAGGCCGCAGCCCACCAGCGGCCCUGUGGUGCUGACGGAUGACCUGAGGAACCCCGCCAUGGAGAAGCUGGAUUUGGUCAGGAAGUGGAGCAUCAACACCUACAAAUGCACCAGGCAGAUCCUGUCAGAGAAACUGGGCCGGGGCUCCCGCACGGUGGACCUGGAGCUGGAGGCCCAGAUCGACGUGCUGCGUGACAACAAGCGCAAGUAUGAGCACGUGGUGAAGCUGGCGCAGACACUGUCCUUGCAGCUGGGACUCAUGAUCCAGACGCAGCGGCAGCUGGGCGACGCCUUUGCUGACCUCAGCCUCAAGUCCCCUGAGCUGCAUGAGGAGUUUGCCUUCAAUGCCGACACCCAAAAACUCUUGUCCAAAAACGGGGACACUCUUCUAGGAGCGAUUAACUUCUUCAUCGCCAGUGUGAAGACGCUGGUGGACAAGACCAUCGAAGACACCAUGGUCAACAUCAAGCAGUACGAGACGGCCAGGGUGGAGUACGACGCGUACCGCACCGACCUGGAGGAGCUGAACAUGGGCCCCCGUGAUGCCAACACACUGCCUAGGAUCGAGCAGUCGCAGCAGCAGUUCCAGCUCCACAGGGAGAAGUACGAGAAGAUGCGGCAGGACGUUGCCGUCAAGCUGAAGUUCCUGGAGGAGAACAAGGUGAAAGUCCUGCACAACCAGCUGAUCCUCUUCCACAACGCCAUCGCUGCCUACUAUGCCGGCAACCAGCAGCAGCUGGAGCAGACGCUCAAACAGUUCCACAUCAAGUUGAAACUUCCCGGUGGGGACUCCCCAUCCUGGCUCGAGGAAAACUAACACCUCCAGCCCCGCCCUCCCCAGCCGUCUGCAAUUCUCUGGUACGGAGGCUGUUACCGGGGAGCCACCGUGGCGAUCUUCGCUCCGGGCCGCACCGCCCCGCGAGAUCCGUCACAAGAACCAGGGAACCUGCAGAGGCAAAGGAAAUAUUUAUGAAACACUUAGUCCUGUCCUAUAUCUAGAGUUUUAAGUUUUGUACUAUCAUGGUCGAGAUCCUAUCGAAGGGGUUGUUCAGGUCUGUGGUGGAGAAAUGCCAGUGUUUAGAGUGAUGCACUACUGGGUGUGGGGGGGGAGAUGUUGUCCUACUGGAUCAGCCUAGGGCAGUGUCUGAAUGCAGUGACGGGCUGGGGGGGGGGCGCUUUGAGUCAAUCUUCCUCUGAUAAGAUCCGAUCGUCACUCUAUCUGUCUUUAUGAUUCUGCCUUCUUUCAUUGAGGGAUUCCUAUGACUUGUCCAAACAGAAUUUCUUUUUUUGUAAUUCCUAAGACCUGCAGACCAGCCUUAACGUUCCACGUCAUGUGCCUUUUUAAGAGAUCGAUCUUCUCGCACGCCGCCAGAAUGUUCCCCUCCGCCGGCGGCGGCGAAUGGACCAAAUAAAUAAACGAGUACCAGCAUAUAGCAUAAAGUCGGUUUCCUUCCAGUGUGUCUUUAGCAACCUCUAAAAAAAAAAAUAACCACUCCAAUUCCGCGAUUAUUAUAUUGUAUCCAAUCUAAUAAGCUUUGAUAUUCCACGUAAACCAAAUGGAGCUGAAAUGAAAACUGUGUCUGUAUCUGAGAGAGACCAGCAUCGCACCCUGGUCUGCUGAUAUUCUCAGUCUUGCGUUUGGUUUUGAUUUUUGUCUUUAUUUUUUAUAAAGAGGAACAGGUUUCAUUUCUCUAGUGUUGGUGACUGUAUUUUAGAGCAGUAUGUGAGGAACAUUGGAGCCCUUGGAUAUUUGACCUUGUGUUUACUGACAGAACUAUAUAAAUAUAGAUAUAUAUUUGUAAUUUUCUAUAUUUACCUUGGAUAUGCACACAUUUGGUCUUGGGCUUUUAAUAUUUCUUGCCAGAAGACAUGGCUAAGUCACGCUCUAAUGGUGAUAUCUGCGGCGUUAAGGUGUUGAGUGGAAUGGGUUCUGAAAUGUCGUGUAAAAUCUUGAAAAACCAAACUAAUUAAAUUGGCGUUUUUCUUCA